GAGCUGGGCAACGCUGCAUGGAAACUUCUGCAUACGAUUCUGGCGAGAUACCCUGAAAAUCCAAGCAGUGAAGAACGGUCGUACCUCGAGCAGUACAUCUUCUACUUUGGUAAAGUGUAUCCGUGUGGAGACUGUGCUCGUCAUUUCGCCAAACUGCUGAAGAAAUACCCACCACAGACGUCUUCGAGACAGACUGCUGCGGUGUGGGGGUGUCACAUCCACAACAAAGUGAACGAAAGACUCGGACACGACUUGUACGACUGUUCGCACAUCAUUGAGGACUACGACUGCGGGUGUGGUGAAGAUGAGCAGCUGCCAGAUGGAACACGUUCUGAAGGCCCAAACCGUCUGGAUUUUGAUAUACAACAAGAACAGAGACAACACGGUUAA